AUGGCAGAUAAACAAAGAAUCAAGUAUUUAGAGGAUGAAGUUGAGGUCCUCACAAAACAGAAACGGUCGAAACAAACUCAACUCGAUCAACUAACUAAAUCUUUGGAACAAUCAAAUAAUGAUUUAACAAAGAUAACUGCUGAUAAUAUUAAAUUAAAGCAAUCACUUACAACAUUAGAAGAGAAAGAAAAAAAGAAUAAUGAAACUAUUAAGACAUUGAGAACCGAUUUAAAGACUGCAAUGGAAAAGGCAGGUCCUCCAACCAGUGGAAUACCAAUUCCAAGUCAUAGAUCUGGUAUUGCCGCUCGAUCGGCAGGAACUUCACACCUAAACUCUACAACCCCUGCUUCCGCCGGUGCCACCGGAAGUUCAACUGUCAGCUCUGAACAAAUUCAAAUUCUCAAACUACAGAUUGAUUAUUAUGAAAAGGAAAGAAAAACAAUUCAGUUUGACAAAGAGAAUUUAAAUACAAAAUAUAAAGAGCAAGAGAAACAACUCAAAAUAUCAGAAUGUAAUGUUGAACAAUUACGUAUUAAUAUAAAAAAGUUGGAACAAGAAAAGAAUGCACUGGAGGUUGAAAAUGCAGAGUUGAAGGAAAUUGAGAACAAUCUAAAGCUUAGCCUUCAAGAGCAGACGAAUAGCAUUGAAGAAAAGUCUAAACAGAUAGAUACUUUAAAUGAAGAGAAACAAAAGUUGGAAAUAGAUUUAAAUAAUAAGAUUGAUUUGGUGGAUAAGAAUGCCAUUGUCAUUGAAAGUCAAGCUCAAGAGUUGAAUCGAAUUACGCUAAAAAAUCAAGAAUGCGCAAAUCUCUUAAACGAGUGUGAUAAUGCAAUAGAAAAAUUGCAUCACGAAAAAAACUCUUUAGAGGAAGACAACAAACAAUUAACGAAUGAAAACAAUGAUCUUAGAAAUAAUUUGGAAAUGGAAUCAUUGGAAGUUGCUAGAUUGAAUAACAAGUUGACUGGUGAGAAUACAGAAUGGAUGAUGCGUAGCAAUGACAAGGAUGAAUUGAUCCAAAGGUUAAAUGACGAGUUGGAAGCCAAGUCCAUUGAAUGUACGAAGCUUGAAGAGCAAUUGGCUACUGAAAAGAGUAAGUUUGACGAUUUGACCGCAAAGUACAAUGCUCUGCAAGCUGACAAGGAUGAACAAGAGCGUUUGCUACGCGAAGAGAUCGAAGAACUCAAGAGCCAGUUGGCCCAUUUGACUUUGAAGUUGAACGAGCGUGACUCACAAGUUGCCGAGCGUGAUUCCCAAGUUGCCGAGCUCCAACAGAAACUGGUAGAUGCCGAUGUAAAGAUGGAGGAUAUCACUCGUGAGAUAUCCGAUCAACAAUCACUCCUGGAGGAAUCCAACUUGAAGAACCAGCAAUUGGAGGAGAAAAUCGUCAGUGUUGAGACAUCAAAGCAAGAGAGUGAGAACCAACUCCAACAAAAGUUGGAGCAAAUGGAAUCCGAGUUUGCAGAGCAACGCCAAAAGUUGGAAUCCGAAUUGGAGGAGAGACGUGCCGCUAUCCAGCAAUUGGAGCAGUCGAAUCAAGAGGGUGUCACUUCACUUACCAGUCAGAAGGACCAGUUGAACUCCACCAUUGUGACAGUUAGAGCUGAGGCAGAGCAACUGAGGGGUGAGUGUCUGGCGCUCUCUGAAAAGAUCACUCAGAGUGAAUCUACUAUUGCCAACCUCAAGAAGAGUCGUAAGCAACUAAAGUCCAAUAUGGAGUCAAAGAGCAAAGCCAUCUCACAGUUGGAGAGUGAGAUCGUCGAGUUGAACCAACAACGUCAGACCUUGGAGGAUCGACUGGCUGAAGCCAACCAAGCUGGCGAAGAGUUGAGCAAUUCACUCUCAGAGAAGGAUUCGCUCGUUUCUCAGAAAGAGCUGUUCAUCUCUGACCUAAAAUCAAAGAUUGAGCAGUUGAAGCUUGUGGCGCUUGACAAGGAGAAGGAAUUGGAGUGUGCACAAUUCUCAAUUGCCGAACUUGAACAGUUGUCCAUCCAGAAGUCCAAGGAAAUUGAAUCACUCAAGAUUGAUAUUAAUGAAUUGACCAGCCAAUCCAAUGGCAUCAAGUCAGAGUAUGAAGAGUUGCUUGUCAAGUUCAAUGCUACUACUGGCCAGCUUGAUAGUCUUCAAGAGAGAUACGAUCAACUCCAACUGGAAAAUGAGAGACAGAUUCAAUUGUCAGAUGAACUGAGAGAGUUGAACGAGAGUCAAGCCAGUGAGAUCGAGUCACUCCAAAUGUCGUCGAACGAGCGAAUCGCCAAACACAAAGAGAGACAUGGUGAGAAUCAAAAGAGUUGGAACAUUCCUCCAAGUUGCGUGACGAAGCUCAACAAUCCAUUCGACCAACUCAACGAACAAACCGAGCAACUCAAUAGUCAAAUCGUUGACCAAUCCAAGAAGAUCGACCAAUUAUCACAGCAGUUGGAGGAGAGUGUUGCCGAAUACCAAUUGUUAGUUUCAAAGGUGGAGAGUAAGGAUCUCGAGAUCUCAGACCAACACUCCGUCAUUGAAUCAAAAGAGCGUGAGAAUGAACGAUUGAAAUUGGUUGUCAAUGACAUUGACAGACAAAAAGUUCAAUUGGAUUCAGAGUUGACUGAACUCAAGACACUCUAUAGCAAUGCCAUGUCAGAGAAGACCAUUGUUGUUGAAGAGUUGGCCGAAGCAAAAGAACUCCAUGCCGAGACACAAGUCAAAUUGGAAAAGAUGCGCUCUAUGUACGAAGAAGCCAACUCUCAAAGUGAAACACUCAGCCAACAGAGUGAAGAGGAAGUUGAAGAGCUGAAACAACAGAUUGUCGAGUUGGAACAACAAAAAGUCGAGUUGGAGCAAGUGAUUGAAGAGUUGAAUGAAAAGAAUGUUGCGUUGGAACAACAAAAAGUAGAUUUGGAGCAACAGAAAGUCGAUUUGGAGCAAGUGAUUGAAGAGUUGAAUGAAAAGAAUGUUUCACUUCAAGAGUCGGCAGAGGAGUAUGAGAAACAAUUGGAGUGUGCAAUCAACGAUUUGGAUGUAAAGUCACAGGAGUACGAAGCUCUUGCCGCCGAGAACGAAGUUCUUUCCACUGAGAAGGAAGCUCUUGACAUUGAGAAGCAAAAGUUGGAGAAGGACCUCGAGGAAGUACUUGGAAUUUGUGAUACUGCCGAGAGUGAAUCCACCGCCAAGAGUGUCCGUAUCAAAGAGUUGGAGGAGAAUGUCGCCAUUUUGGAGGAGACCAUCGAAGAGAAAUCCAUUGAGUGCAUGGAGAUUGAGGAGAAACUCAAUGAAGAGAAUCAGAGACGUGAAGCAUUGUCACAAGAGUUGCAAUCAAAGUUGGAGGAGAACAAUCUUUUGGAACAAGAAAAAGAGAGUUAUCAACAAGCUUUGACUGAACUCAAUUUUGAAAUCAACCAAAAGUCACACCAAUUGGAUCAACUCAAACUCCAAUUACAACACCGUGACUCUGACUACAACCAACUGCUGGAAAGCAAGUCUGGUGAGCUUGAUAGUGCUAGUGUCGAGGUGUGCGUUCUCAAGACCAAGAUCUCGGAGCUUACCACCGCCAUCCAGACAUUGGAAGACGAGAAGAUCAGAGCUAAUCAUCUGAUAGAAGAACUCGAAGCCAAAAUUGAAUCAUCCGAAAAAGAGAAGGAGGAAUUGGCAUUGAGCUGUUUAGAGUUGAAGGAUCAACUCGAUGCAUCUGAGCUCGAAAAGGAACAGUUCCGCAAAGAGAAAGAAGAAGAGUUUAGUCAGAUCGCAGAGGCUGCCGAACAAUUGGAUACCAAAAAUCAAUCAUUGGUAGAAGAGAUUGAUAUUCUCAAUUUGGAAAAACAAGAGAAGAACGAAGAGAUCGAAAUUCUCAAUUUGGAAAAACAAGAGCUUGAACAGACCAACUUGGAGUUGAAGGAGCAAGUAGAGGAUAAGAGUUUACAAAUCAAAGCAAUGAUUGAAGAGCUUGAUAUCAAGAAGCAACAGAUCGUCGAUAUUCUUCAUGAGAAAGAAGAUGUUGAGCAACAACUGGAAGAUUGUAAAUCGCAAUUAGAGAAUUCCAGGGAAUCAGAAUCAAAUCUAUUGGAUACUGAGAAGCAAUAUCAAGUAUUGUCUAAGGAGUUGGCCUUUAAGAAUCAACAAUAUGACCAGUUAUCAUUGGAGAAGGAAUCAUUGGAUGAGAAGAUCGCCAGCUACAAGUCCCAAUUAGAGAGUCUGGAAAUGGCAAGCACCGAGUCCAACGACCGUUUGGAAGCUGAAGAGCAACAGAAACAAUCAUUGAUAUCAGAGUUAGCUGUCAAGAAUCAACAAAUCGAUGAACUUGUUUUGGAGAAUGAGGAGUUGAAUGAAAAGUUAGGAGAUUUCAAAUCUCAAUUUGAAAAUUCCGAUUCAUUUACUUCCGAAUUAGCAAAGAAGCUGGAUUCUGAGAAACAACACAACCAAGAAUUGACUAUUGAAUUGUCUGGUAAGAAUCAACAAUUGGACCAAAUCGCGAUGGAGAAACAAGAGUUGGAUGGAAAGGUCACCGAAUUCAAAUCGAAACUUGAGAGUCUUGAAACAUCGAUGUCCAAAGCCACCCAACAAUUGGAAUCCGAGAAGCAAGAUAAGCAAUUGCUUCAUUCUAAAUUGGCCGAGAAGGAUCAACAGCUUGAACAACUCUCCGUUGAGAAGCAAGAUUUGAAUGAAGAAAUCGAUUCAUUCAAAGUGAGAAUCGAGGAGUUAGAGGAAUCGAAUAUGGAAGUCAAGGAACAACUGGAAUCCGAGAAACAAUCUCACCAAUUGCUCGUUCUGGAGGUCACCACCAAAAACCAACAGAUCGAUCAACUCACUUUGGAGAAGGAAGAAUUGAAUCAAAAGUUGCUUGACGUCAAAUCACAGUUGGAAUGCAAUGAUUCGUCGAGCACUGAGCAAUUGGAAGACUUGCAAAGCCAGGUUAAACAGCAAGAACAGACCAUUAAGGAAGAGAGAAAGUCAAACAUGCAGUUGGCAGAAGAUGUUGUUGCAUUGACAGGAGAACGUGACACUGCCAAGAAUGCUCUCGAAAUCAAGACUGCCGAUCUCAACAAACUCCAAGAGGAACACGAUCUUUUGAUAGAGAAAUUGGAUUUCAUUCAAGCUCAGAACAAUAGUGAAGCUGCCAAAGCCAUCGAUGAGAAAUCGAUUGCCGAAUCAAAGAAUGUUGAACUUUCAAAACAAAAUACCGAUCUUGAAUCAUUGGUUGCCAAGCUACAAUCCAUGUUGGAAUCAAAGGACGAUGAAUUGUUAAAGUUGAAGGAAUUCAAUGAACAAAUUGCCCGUGACAAGCUCCAAUUAGAGAACGAUCAUAAAGAUGAUAUCUUUGAAUUGGAUCAACAAAAGAGUGCUGCCUCUGCUGCCGAAGAAGAGUACGAGAAGCAAUUGGUUGCCAAAGGUGAAGAGAAAGAGUUGUUGGUGCGUCGUUGCAACGAAUUGAGCCAAGAAUUAGCCAAGAGCCAAUCGGAAUUGUCAGAAAUCCAAGAGAAAUACAAAUCAGAGUUAUCUAGCAAGGAGUCUGUACCCGAUAAUUCCGAACUGGUGGAAGAACUCAAGUCGCAAUUGGAACAAGAGAAAUCAAACCAUGAAGAAUACGUCAAGAGGUUGAACAAUGAUUACGAGCUGGUUAUGAUGGACAAGGAGACAUUGGAGAGCAAUGAGCAUGCCAUGUCCGAGCAAAUCAAAUCACUCCAAGAGCAACUGGAAAAUGUCAAAUCCUCCGACAAGUUGGUGGAACUCGAGAAAGAGAUUGCCGAACUCAAGAUGCUCAAUACCGAGCAAGAGGAGAAGAUUGCAGAGCUCGCUGCCGAGGAAGAUGGUUAUCUUGCCAAGAUCGAAACACAUAUCACCAGAAGCAAAGAGUUGGAAAAGAAGAACAAAGAACUCGAAAAGAAAUUGGCAUCGAUCGCCAACAAUACUUCAUUGUCUUCCUCACUCGACGGUAAACCAGUACUCGAAGAUUCGACUAGCCACCACAACAAUGUAAAUAAUAUCCUUUCACCGACACAAUCAACCAAACAACCAGUUCAACAAAUCAACAAACUCUUUGUAAAGAUUCCACCCGUCAUUCAAUUCAAGCGAAAAGCCAACGCCAUCGUCAGUAACAAUCAACAACAUUCCAACGAAAACGAAAAUGUUUUAAAGAAGAGUAGAUCUUCUCCAUAA